AUGACUUCUGAAUUUAAGAAUAUUAAAAAACUUCCAGUUGAUAAAGUGAUUUUAGAAGAAAAUAUUCCGGCACUUAGUGAUAAAUGGAUCAAAAAACGAAGUUUCUCAAAGUAUAUUCCAAUAAAAUUGAAAAAGGGAAGAGUCGAUGAAAGUUUUGACUUUGAUGACGAGUGGAUUUCCGAAACUGAAAAGUUCAAUCGUGAUCUUGAAUGGAUUCUUGGAUUAAAUUAUCAUAAGUAA